GCAGGAUGGAGAGAGUGUGCCUGUGCUGAGGAUGGAGAAGAAAGUGUGUGUGAUCCAAACUGACUUCCAUCAGUACCGUCCCAUCAUCGCCAUCCACAGCAACCCACUAGUACAUGUUAAUCCACUGCAAUCUGGUGUAGAGGCAGGGAUGAGGGAGAGAGAAGAACUGAAGAAAGCCAUCGAGCAGAUGGACCGGCUGCUGUCACGGGUCCGACAGCUGGAGGGAGAGAACUCAGAACUGUGCAGAGAAAAAAAUGACGUUUUCAUUAGGAUGCGUGCGGAGCAGGAGAGCCUGCAGCAGGCUGAGAAGCGCUGUGUGCAGAUGGUCCAAUCGAGGAGGGAGCUGGAGGCCCAGGUGGCAGGGCUGGAGGAACGUCUGGAGGAGGAGGAGGGGGCAGCCGCUCAGCUGGCCUCCCAACGUCAGAGAUUAGAAGCUGAGUGCUGCAGUCUGUGCCGAGACCUGGAGGAGCUGGAGAACAUGCUGACUUCAGUGGAGAAGGACAAGCAGUCAUCGGACUCCACCGUGAAGAAGCUGUCUGAGGAACUCGCCCAGAAAAACGAGCUGGUUCAGAAACUUCAGAAGGCAAAGGAACACCUGGUGGAGUUGAGCCAG